AACAUCGACACCAUCGAAUGCGCUCCACCGUAUAUGCCUACAUCGUUGGUCGAGGGCACGCUUUUCCCAUGCACCAUGGAGCUUCCAGACGACGAGAAGCAGCAAUUGCCAUCAUCGCCCAAAAUCGGUGACCUUCCGGAAGGUUUGGUGCUGGUAAGCAGUGAAAGCGAUGGUCCAGACGAGGAUGAGGAUCAUGAGGAGGGUGAAAUACAGGACGAAGAUGAGGAGGAAAAUCAACAAGAGUUGGAAGACAUCAGCUCGGAGGAGGAAUCGACCAUCCGUGAUCGCAUGGCGGCCCUGGAAGCGAUAGACAAGAAAGUGGGCAUGAUGAUGCGCAAAUUUGCCAAUCAUAGCAAAUAUGACUAUCUGGAUGUUGAGGAGGUUAUGAAUGGGAAGGAAAAUUACUGCUAUUACUACUCGCAACAUCAGCACCCAUCAUAUCGAACCCACAAACCGUACAAAACAAGCAACACAAACAAAGAGGACAGUCGCUACACCGAGGGUAGCAAAUACACGCGCUCGGUUGCAACGAAACGGAACGCUGAAAAGACAAAAGAAAAAGGCUCGAAACGAUGCUCACACCGGUCGCGGCACAAACGUCGAAGAUACGCUUCCCGAUCACCAGCACGGCAUCAACCAUCGUCAGAUUCGGAACCGGAAGCGGUCGUUGAUCGGGAGUAUCUCAACCUCGCGCUGGGUAUUGAAAAUGGGAAGAGCCAACGGCUUUCUAGUACGAAAAAUCCGUUGAAAAAGAAACUUUUCCUACAAACGUCUAAGCGGAAAAGAAAGGCUGACGUUAAGCGGAAACCGGUGGUGGAAGUGUCGGACGAUUCGGAUGCGGUCAUAAUAGAGGGCGAUGCGGAUGAGGAGGAAGAAUUGCAGCUGCGGUUAUUAGCGCUUAGCACGAAACCGAUCGUACGGGAAGCAGGUCUAGGGGAGAUUAUUUCCGAUCUUCAGAUACCAUCAGCGCCACCACCGCCAACGAUAAAUAAACCGGAAGAUCGCACCUCUGAUACGAUAUCGGCAGAAGAGCGCGAACUGCGCUUGAUCGCGCUUAAAACGGCCGUAUUGAAGAAGCACGCCUCGAGACAGAAGCGCCGUGAGCUGGACAAUGAGCAACCGUACUCGCCGAGUGACGAUAUCGUCCUCUCCCCCGUCCGGGAGAUACCUCCGGCGUAUGAGAACGGUGCGUACAGCGAUGGGCACGAUUCGGUGGAAAUGAUCGAGGACGAUGAUGUGCAGAUCGUCGAACCACACUACGAACAAAUCGACCUUGUCGAUACGGAUGAUAAUGGGAACGAUAUGGAGAUUAGCCCGGUGGCCAGUCCGAUCGGGAAGGUUGAAGAUAUGGAGGAAGAUUCACAGCAACCGAUCGACAUGGAGCUGGCCAGUAGCGAUAGUAUUAGUAGUGCUCCGUCGCCUACUGACGGUGGCAUAGCGAUCGAACAAAGGUUGCUUCUUGCGGGGACCGAUUCCUGCGAUUCGGCCCUAUUUCAUCGGAGGGGAGAUUUUGCACCGGAAAGUCCUUCCGUUACACCCGAUUCGAUGGAGGAAGCGGAAGCGGAAGCAUUGCGCCAUUUGCUACUAACAAAGAUGCGCCAAAAGCAAAGCAAAAAGAGGGAAGUGGUUGAACCUCCGUCAGUGGAUGGGCCGAGAGAGCAGGAUCCUAUUGAAACCGUCCCAACAGAAGAUGUCCCGGUAGUGCAGGAUGAAGAAGAGAAAAUGUUACCAGUGCGGGAAGCAGUACCUGUUCAGAAAAUGACUUCCCCACAACCGACAACGAACCAAUCUUCAAAUUUGAUCACAAUUGUCGAUCGGAGAGUGCAAGGAAAGCGAAGGAAAAAAUCACUAUCGAAUAGCGUUAGUCUUCCGGCAAAACAACUAGCGUCCGCUGGAAAUGUUUCUCCUGUCCCCGAACUUCCCUCGGAACUCCGUCCACAACUACAACAACAAUCCAACAAAGCGUCUUCCGUCGUUCAUACACAAAAGCUCGUCAACAAUCCGAAGAAGCUCAUCAAUCUGAAUCGUACCGCUGCUGCACCGUCACCUCCACUCCACCUAACGACCGUUACGAGAACCGAAUCACCCAAGGAACUAACAAUGGUUGACACAUUUGUUUCAAAGCCGGUAGCGAAACUUGUCAUACAGCUCGGUAAUUCCGAUUCCGAUUCGGACGUUGAUUUCACUGCAUUGUCCCCAGAGAAAAGGGACAUCAUGGUGGAGGAUCCUGCCGUUCCAGUAACCGAUAGCGUAGCAGACUCCGCGAUCGCAAUAGCAAAGACCCCGACGGUACGAUUUGAGGAACAAUUGGAUAAGUUUUUGAAAAGUGUACGUAGUAAAAGUACGACCACAACUAACCAAGAAGAUGGUGCUGCCAAAGAGUUGGUGGAACAUUCCGCGUGCGGUGGAAGAGUAGCUGCAAGUGAGAAGAGCUUACCGGGUACGAGACAGCAGCAGCAGCAGCAGCAGUUAAAGAAUGCUGCAAAGAAACUUCCAUCGAGUAGUAAUGCGAUGGCCACGCCGAUGGCUGUGAGACAUCUUUCGAAAUCGGCUCAGAUGGAGUACAUGAGACUUGUGGCCCGUAUGGCACAAUUAGAGCGCGAUAAGCUUGCACGUCAAAAUUCUGCACAGGCUCCUAGCAGCACAAUUAAAGAAACCUCAGUUCCUAAGCAAGAUACCCUAACAGUCACCAACAGUAGUACUGUUGUUGAGCAAAAAUCGACCGAAUCAAGACCUGGAAAGAGUCCUGGCAAACGGAAACAAUCGUUAAGUAUUGCUUCUUCCCAACUAAUAACAACAACUACUGCAACAACCACAUCAGAAGCUAACGAGGAGCAAACGGACGCUACGAACACCGCGCAGGAUCCGGUCGAAAGAAAGUUGCAACAAAUACGUUCAAGUUUGCCGAACUUAUCGGAAGCAUCCCGUAACCGGUUGUUGCUUACCGCGGAAAAACAGUUCGAAAAGCACAGCGGCACCUUUUUGGGUGAGCUCGAGCACCAUAACGCGACCAUACUGGAAGCGCAGCAGGCACGCCGGGAGCUGUAUCAUCUCGAGAAUCGUAUCGAUCUGCUGAAGGAAAAGCUGGCGCUGCUCGAGAACGUGUAUGAAAAGCGAAAGCACCGAUCGUACGACACAAUUACCAGCCUGCAGGCGACCCGCAAGAAGAUCCUUUUCAGUCGCAAGCGUUCCGGUGAGCUGGAACGCAUGUGCUACCAGAUCGGGCGCACCAUUAAGGGGGAAACGUAUCAAUUGCCGACGUCCUCGAGCAGAACCGUGGUCCAGCAACAGUUGCGUAUUUUGAUAGCCGAAACGCGUGAGCUAAGAAACAUCCGUAAACCGACGCUGCAAGAAUUUAAGGAAGAGAUGAUUACCAACCACAGGCGACGGUUAGCGGCGAACGCGGACGAUCAGACUGAAGGGUACUGGAAGACGGUUACGUACGAUAACGAGUGUGACGAGGGACGAUCGAAUGAGGCGGAGGCUCAGCGUGAAGGAGAUGAUGAUGCUGUCCCAGAAUCUGCUAAGGAGAUGCGUACUUCAGAUACGAUUAAUCGGGAAGAAGCGUCGGUUCCGGAGGAGCCUCUUCAGGAGGAGCCAAAAAAUGUGCAAGAGCAAUCAGAAAAUGUCGUAGAUGGAGGAGCAAUUCCUUCAGCGGCUGUCGUGAACGAGAAGGAGGAGGAUGAAAAUAUGUCCACAACUACUGAGCCAGCAAUUGUACAUAAUGUAAUGCAGACGGAUGAUGCUUCGGUUGAGGAAGCGAUCUUGCAGGAGAAGGAGUUGCCAAAGGAUGAGUCUAUGCCUGUUUCGCCGGGUUUGAUCCGGUCAGCAGAAGACACUAGCGCGAUAGAAGAACGCAACGAAGAAGAUGCAGGAAUCGUUGCUGGCGAAACGUUCCGAAUAGAAAAGUAUACGUCACCGCUGCUGUCCUUGAAGCAAGGUGCACAGAACAUUCCCACCGGUAUCCUUUGUCCCUUUGAGCUCGGAGGUCAAUGCGUUGAUCGGGACUGCAAGUACGAGCACUUUAGUCAGCGUACGGCGGCCUAA